CUGGAUUUAUACCUGGAGAGGCUCGCGGAGGAUUUUCCCGCCGGUUCGGUUCCGUUUAUUGGAUCUUAGCGGGGCUGUUGUGGAUUACUGUGACUGAGCGUUCGGACUGGACUCUGACUCGGGUGUCUGUGAGGGGAUGUGGACACAGGAAGGUUUAUAAACUAAACAAAAGGACUAAAUCAGGUCUGGAUCAUUUGGAGUUUGGACUUCUUCUUUCUUCUGGAUUUGGAGAUUUCCAGCUCACUGAUUGGCUCUCAUGUGAGGCUGCUUGUGAUUGGUCAGUCCUGGAGUAAAGGACAUCUGAGGGGGUCCACCCCCGCCUCCGGACUUCCUGUUUACUUCUCUGAUCACAGUAAGGACUUCCAGUAGGUGUACCACCUUCACCUGACCUCCUGGAGGCUUCACCUGCCCGUCACAGCUCAUUUUCACUCUCCGACGCCCACCAUGACCUGCUGACAUCACCAAAUCCCGCCCCCUCCACCCGUCUCAGACUCUCCUAAAAAAUGGCUCCAAGCGAUUGGCUGUCGCCGUGGCGGCCGCCGCUGCUCCUGCUCAUCCUCACUUUAUGUUUCACGUCGGAGGCCGCAUCGACCACGCCGUUCCCCAAAGACCUGGAGCCAAUCAGUGUGGUCACCUCGGAGCAGUCGUAUAAGUUUCCAGGAUUUCAAGGCCUGCUGCAGGACAAUGACACCCUCCGCCUGGGUCUGGACUUCCAGAGACUUCUACGCAUCAACCACAUGCUGUACAUCGCUGCCAGGGAUCACGUGUUUGCAGUCAACCUGACGACAGCUUCAGAUAAAUUUGUUCCACAGCUGAAGCUGACGUGGAAGUCCAAAGACGUCAGCAAGUGCACAGUCAGAGGGAAGAACAGCGACGAGUGCUACAACUAUGUGAAAGUUCUGGUGCCUCGAAACGACGAGACGCUGUUCGCCUGUGGGACCAACGCUUUCAACCCCACCUGCAGAAACUACAAGAUGACAAACUUGGAGCAGGUCGGGGAGGAGCUGGUGGGUCAGGCUCGCUGUCCCUUUGAGUCCGGUCAGUCCAACGUUGGGCUGUUUGCUGGAGGAGAUUUCUACUCAGCCACCAUGACGGACUUCCUGGCCAGUGACGCCGUCAUCUACAGAAGUCUGGGAGACGGCCGACCCGUCCUCAGGACGGUCAAGUACGACUCCAAGUGGCUCAGAGAGCCUCACUUCCUGCACGCCAUCGACUACGGGAACUACGUUUACUUUUUCCUCAGUGAGAUCGCCGUUGAGUACACCGCCUUAGGCAAGGUGGUGUUUUCUCGAGUCGCUCGGGUUUGUAAGAACGAUAACGGAGGAUCGCCCAGAGUUCUGGAGAGAUAUUGGACAUCUUUCCUCAAGGCUCGUCUUAACUGUUCCGUUCCCGGAGACUCAUUCUUCUACUUCGACGUUCUCCAGUCUCUCACCAACGUGCUACAGAUCAACCAGAGACCGGCUGUAGUUGGAGUCUUUACCACACAGGCCAACAGCAUCCCUGGCUCUGCCGUCUGUGCUUUCUACAUGGACGACAUCGAGAAAGUCUUCAACGGGAAGUUCAAGGAGCAGCGGACCAGUGACACGUCCUGGACCCCUGUACCUGACGAACAAGUCCCAAGACCGAGACCAGGUACGUGUGCAGGCGAUGGCUCGGCUGCUGACUACAAGUCCUCAGUCCAGUUUCCUGAUGAGACGCUGACAUUCAUAAAGUCGUAUCCUCUGAUGGACGAAGCUGUUCCUUCUGUCAACGACCGGCCUGUCUUCACUAGGACCUCCAGCAGAUCCAAGCUGACUCAGAUCGUGGUUGAUGUCUCAGCCGGCCCAAACAAAGACCGGACCGUGAUGUUCCUUGGCUCAGACGAUGGCAGAGUCCUGAAGGUUUUGGCGAGCACACAUCCCAACGACAGCUUCGGGUCCAAACUGCUGGAGGACAUUGACGUCUACAACCCAUCAAAAUGUAACGUUCAGGGUCAGGAGGACAGGAGCGUUCUGGGGCUGGAGCUUGAUAAAGACCAUCACGCUUUGUUUGUCGCCUUUUCGAGCUGCGUGAUCAGAGUCCCGCUCAGCCGCUGUCCCCAACAUGGAGCUUGUAAAAAAGCCUGCCUGGCCUCUCGUGACCCAUACUGCAUCUGGCUCCGGAGCGGGAGCUGUGCCAACAUGGCGCCAGGUUACAAGACCGGGUUUGAACAGGAUAUCGAGGGCGACCACUCGUUUCACCCCGACGGCUGCCACGCUGAUGUUUUGGCGACCACACGGAACCAAGAGUCUGCAGCUGACUCAGCAUACGGUGUCCGUCGUCUCCCAGAUCAGGACCAGCGUCCCGGCGCCAAUGUCCACUACACACUCUUGAUUGCCUGCGUGCUGGUGGCCUUCUUCCUGGGCGCCAUCUUGUCAGGCUUCCUGGUGUCGUGUUACUGCAGCAGAAGUGCAGCUCAGCGGGCAAGGAGGCUGGGGAAAGAUCCUGAGGCAUCACUGCCUCACGCUUUAUCACUGAGAUCACUUGCCAAGCUCAACGGACUACUGGAUGGACAGCCAAAGGAGGACAAAUUGGACAUGUCGACACCAAAGAUGUACAGCUCCUUUAUCCCCAACGGGCGGGCGGAGCCGCACCUCCACACACCAGUCCACCAGGGCUUGCAGCUGGGAGACCCUGACCUCAACCUCUCCCAGUCUCUGUCCCAGGCGGAUGGUGAGCUGUCUGGCUUGCCCACACCCGACUCCACCCCUGAGCUCCCGAUCAAGAACAUGAAAGCCCUUCGACACCACCAGUAUGAGAAGAACCAGAAUUGCAACAACGCCAAGGACAACAUUCCUAAAUCUGGGCCCAGCUGCUCUGGAUCCAGUCUGGGCUUCAUGGCUGUUGUAGGGAACUCUUUGAGCCAGCAGGGCUUCACUUUCUCACAUCAUCAUGGCAGCAAUUUGAGCAAUGGAGCCGCCCACGGAGCUGGAGCAUCCUCAACAUCGCUGCAUCUCCCUGAAGAGAGGAAGAUCUCCAACGACGAGCGGGCAGCAGCGGCGGCGGCGGCAGCAGCGGCGGCGGCAGGAGGGGGAGGAGCAGGCGGAGGAGGCAGCGGUCCACAUCACCAUCACUCCCAGCAGUCGCUCCCUCAGACGGUGGUCGAUGUUUCGGCGUUGGACGAGCUGCUUAAACACAUCCAUGAGGUCAGCGCAUCGGGGACAGGAGGCAUCAAAGUGCUCACCUCCACUUCCUCCUCCUCGCUGUUUCCUGGAGGCUCCACUGGAGGUCAUCAUCACAAUCUUCAUCAUCAUCAUGGUCACCACAGCCAAACUCGAACCCACCACUACAACCACAGCCAUCACCAUAGCAACCAUCACAACAAUAACAGCAGCAGCAGUGGCGGUAGCAGUCACCAUCACCAGCAGCAGAUCCCUGAGACGGAGUCAUCAUCUUACUACAGCACCUCCACCCUCCCACGAGACGGCAUCCCCAAACGCAUCGACCCCGCUCCUCCAAACUCCUCUACUUCCUCUUCCUCCUCUUCCUCCUCCUCCAACAACCCCACCUCCUCCACCUCCAUCCCGUCCUCCUCCUCCUCCUCCUCCUCCACUCCGCUCCAGCAGCAGGUGAUCCCAGAGCGACCAGGUGGAGGCAGCGUCGCUGUAACUCGCCACCACUCCCAGCGCCACUCUCUCAUCAAGAUGGGAAGCGGAAGCGGGGCUGUGCCGCGUCACCACAGCUUUAACCAGCGGGGGGCGCAGCAUGCACACUUCCUAGCCAGGAUGAACACCAACAGCAGCAGCAACGGCCCUCCAAGCACGAGCGGGGCGGCCAACAUGAACGCCAAUAACAACAGCGCCAACCAGAGGUCGUCUGUGGCCAGCACAUGUCUGACCCGACAACACAGCUACAGUGAAGGGCCGCAUGUGCAGCGGGCGGCCAUUGUCCGGAGAACAGUGUCACUCAAACCCAAAGUACCACCAAAGCCACUGUUUCUCCCAAACACAGCGACGUCGCCGGUGACAGAGGCAGAAAAAUACAAAUACUGAGACUGUGGGAGGUCAAGAUGGCUGCUGCAGUCUGAAGGCGUCCACAGAGCUGCUGAGAAAUGACAAAAUGAGAGCACUGGUGGGAGACAAAAGAGACUUCACAGCUUUUUGUCCUCACUGCUCUUCAUUAUGACCCUUCAGUUGUGGUUUUUUUCUGCAGAGAGUCUGUGAUCGUCGCCUUUCUGAGUCACGACCGCUGCACUGUAGCAGCUGAGCUCAUAGACAGAGCCCUGCGGACAGCCACACUGACAAACACCACCAGGAUCCACAAAUAAACAAGAUCUCUGACUCACUCCUCCAGCCGCUGGUGGCGACUAUCCCCUUACGACACACUGCAGAUCAAAACAGGCUCAGAAAAAUCUGAGGAAUGCUCCAAAAGUGGGGCGAAAGAUGUUAAUGAUGCAAAAGGAGUCCCACAGGCUGGAGGUGGCCUGAAAAAUUCCUGAUUAAUGCAGUUUUCUUCAGCGCUCUUUGAUGUAACGUCCCUGGUUGUUGCACUUUGGCAUGGGGCCCAGGAUUCCUUUGCAAGAUUCAAAAACGCAGGGACUCGAACUGCUGACAUGAACUAAAUCUAGAACCACUGGGAGUAUCGAAUGUUUCUCCCAAUGAUUUACGCCAACGAUGGCUUUUCCUUCCACAGGAGGGACUACAUCAUAUCAAACACCUAAAGGAUAAUUCCCAUCCUUUGGAAGUCUGUUUCUGAUUUAAGAAAACCAAAAUUGACAGGAGGUUUAUCUCUCCAAAAGGAGAAAAAAAACAUGUUUUUUGUUAUCAAGUCAGACACUUCAGGAUGAAACGGAGAGUUCUUUGUGAGCUUACACAUCAGCAUCUUUCAAGUCAAGUGAGGGGAAAAAGACAGCUCUGCUUCGUGGUUGGAAAUCUAAAUGAUAAUCCAUCAGACGCAGAGAUCCAGAUGAGAGCAGCCGUCAGCGUCAGAGCUGUCUCUCUGACAGAUUGGGGAAAGCAGAUGAAUGUUCUCUUUUUAUACCAUAUUGGUAUCUGAAAACAGACAAAGCAUUAAUGGAGAGGAGACUGAGGAUGUAGGUGUUACAGUGAGGAUUUCUGAUAAAUAGUUCCCUUUGAAUAGAUUCUGUGCUAGAGCCACUCUUCACUUCAGACAUGUGUGCAUUAAAAUUACUUUUCUGUCUCUUAAAAGUCAAUAAUCGGCUUAAAAUGAAUCAAUUUUACCCCUACCUUCACUUUGAUUUAUCAUUAAAGAGCUUUAACUGACAGAGAUCCAUUUGGACAGCAUUUGCAGGAUUUUAAAUUAUUUUAAAGGACGUCAAAGAUCAAAUGAAACUGGAUUUAAAUGACAGAUUUCUGAUCAUUUCAGGGCAUUGCUUUAGAAAUUUGAGAGAACUGUUUAUCAGAAAUAUUUCUCAUCACCUACUAGGCUCUGUAAGACUUUCUGUACUUGACAAGUUUCUGCCAAAACAGAAGAAACGGCUCACACUAAUUUGGAUGAUUACUUCAGGCCUGUGCUUGCUGCUCAAUACUCCCUGCAGAGUCACAAGGAUGACUCAACACUUAUGUAUUAAUACAAGUGUUCUCCUGCUGUCUUCACUUCACAUUUGACCAAAAUGAUUUUUUGGGCAAAAAUCUUUGCAGUAUUUGCAAAGGACAUUUACUGCAAAGAAAAGGACCCCCUCCCAAUGGAUCCUUAGAGAGGUGAAGCUAAGUCUGGCAAAUGCUGGUGUAAUGCAUGCUGUCCAUCCCAUCAUAUUUGAGAUUUGUGUUCUUCUGAUGGGUUUGAGCUUGUUGAAAGUUAUUUAGUUUAAAACCGAUGAAAUGAAAAGGGCUCAUUAGGGAUUGAGCAGCUGCACGAUUCUAUGAAAACAAGCAGGCUGAAAGAAGCUAAGAGUUUAGAAGGAGUAAGAACAUAUGAUCGGUUUAAUAUUCUGCUACUUUGGAUGAAAGCUGGCUCCACAUUCAGUCAAUCUUUUGGAGUUUCAUCUACACACAUUCUCAUUUCUGUGGCUGUUUCUUCUGUCCUGGCACUCAGAAACUGGCAACAAGAGAAACCAAACAACUGCAAAGCUCAAAGGUUACCAGAUUAACAACAAGCAACAAUUCAAGGCAGUGGAGAUGAGCAACGCUGCCAGCAACAGCAAUAAAUGUCUGCAGCUGGGUCCAGAAUGAAAUGACGAGCUGCAUUAAACUGAAGGGAGGGAUGGAGAAAAUGUGAAACAGCUGACAGAGCUGCCUGCACGUGUUGGAAAAGUUUGAAUGUGAUGGAUUUAAUUUGUAACUUAUUAUGUUAAACUCACUGUUGUCUCUAAACUGUUGCAGAGGAUAAAGAACCGUACUGUUUUUUCUGCACGUGUUCAGCCCCUCAAUUGCAAACAGAACCUUUAAAUUACCAACGACCAUUUUCCAAAAUAAAUAAUGUUGCAUCGAUUCAGGGUGUUUUUCCUGGUGGUUAGAAGUUGUGGUGUUAUAUUUAUCAGAUCAGAUUUAUAAAUGGUAUCACAUUUGAAGCAAAAAUGUAACAACUGAUCAACUGAAAGCUGAUCUGACAUACAGAUUCAUCUGCAUCAGAGCUACAUGAAAAACAAACAUGGUUGAAUUGUAAGAUAAGGAAAAUACUAAGGUGAACAAGGCUGAUUUUUUUUUUCAAGAGGUUAAAUUUCACAAAUAAGCUUUUCUGCAGACCUACAGAUGAGUUAAAGUCUGAUUUAUACUUCUGUGUCAAAGCAAUAAUGCACCAUACACUGUAGGCUUUUACGUCAGGCACGCAUUUCCUUAUCCAUGUCUCUCAAUGGCUGAAUGAGUGCAAAACCUUUUCGCCGUCCUCUACCACAUCUGAAUCAGCAGCCACGCUUUCCAUCACCUCCAGUCUCUCUUUUAUGCUUUGCAAUAACUGCAGUAUAACCAACUACCGAUCAAUAUUUAACAGCUCCAACUCUAAUUCCAAUACAACAACUUCUUCUUUUAUUUGUUAUGGUUUCCUGUAUACAAAAAAGCAGAGAGCUUGACUUGACCAAACGUGGCAGUAAACAUAAUGUAGCAUAGAAACAGCAUCACCAACUAGUGGUUUGGUUGUCCAUUUAUAGCUUUCAUGUGACAACAAAUGCACAUUGAACUACCUUCUUGUGGUCAAGAAUCAUCUCCUAUUGCUGUACACUGUGGAAAACCUUUAUUUUGGAUGCUCAAAUUAUUUUGCUUUGCACACAGAAACAAAAUUAUUUCACAAAAACAAGAACUACCAGGAUUUAAAUUAUAAACUCUGUUAAAACUGACCUUUUUGAUGCACCGUAGCACAAACCACUGCUGUGCAAUCAUGUGCUUUAACUUUAUUAUGUUUAAUUUUGAACAUUUUUUAAAAGUGGGACCAGAGGGUGUGUUCCAGUUAUCAGGGUAUCACACUUCUCAGCCUCCCAGGGAAAGUUUAAUUACAUCCAGCCGAUUGUUGAACUUUGGAUACAAGAGAAACAGUACAGAUUCAUCCUGUCUGUGGGACAGUGGCCCAUCUCUUUACCCUUGCAGAACUUCUUGAAGGAGCAUAGGGGUUUGCUCAACCAGUCUAGCUUUGUUUUGUGGACUUGGAGAAGGCAAACAAUUGUAUCCCUCAGGGGGUCAUGUGGGGGGUACUGCGGGAAUAUGGGGUCCCUGGGUCACUGUGGGGAGCCAUCAAAGUGAGAGUUGUGACCACAUUCUCAGCACAAAGUUGGACAUGUUCCUCCUCCAAGGCUGCCCCAUGUCUCCAAUUCUGUUUGUGAUUUUUAUGGAGGAGGGGGAAGAGGGAUUCCAGUUUGGGGACCUCAGAAUUCCAUCUCUGCUUUUUGCAGAUGAUGUGGUUCUGUUUGCUCCUUUAGCUGAGGACAUCCAGCAGGAGCUGGGACAGUUGCAUUUAAGUGCUAAAUGGUUGGGAUGAGAGUCAGCACCUCCAAGUACGAGGUCAUGGUUCUCUGCUGGAAAAAGGUGGAUUUCUCUCUCAAGGUGGGGAGUGAGUCUCUGCCUCAGGUGAAGGAGUUCAAGUGUCUUGGGGUUUGAGCUGUCUUUGGAGAAAACUUCAUGGAAAAAAAAAAACAAACAAAAGAAAUCAGUUUAGACUUGAGAAAAUGCAGGCUUCUGUGCAGCAAAGAGGAAGCACAACUGACUAUUAACAUCAAGGAGCUAUAAUGGAGACCCUGCUAUUUUUAUUUUUUUAUUUUUUUUGUGAAAUAAUGUUGUUUCUGUGUGCAAAGUAAAAAAACGUAAGCAUCCAAAACAAAACUAGGAUGGUUGGAAAAGCUGUGUUAAAAAUCCAUAGUUCUGGUGAACAACACUAUGAAAUAAUUUUUAAAAAUUACAUUUUCAUAGGAAGGCUAAUAAUUUUGUCCUCAUCUGUAGUUCUCUCAAAUAUAUUUGGCACAGAAGUCUAACCCAGUCUUUACAGUGAUUCCAGCUGCUUGUUUGAGCAAUUUACAAAAGAAUUUUAAAAACUUUUGGAGAAGUUUUGUCAUUAGGACUCCAGAAUUCAUGUCAAAAGCGUCUAAAGUUUGAAAAUACUGCACUUACUCAAAGAUUUUUUAAAAUUAAAAUACACCCGAGACAACUGAUCUCUUUGUUUCCUUUCAGGAAAUUAAGAUUUCUGAACUUUAGAAACAGAAAAUGGAUCUAAGAGAUAAAAAUUACCAAACAUCAGCUAGUGGAUCAGGCUCAGAUUAAGCAAUAACUCAGCGGUGGUGAUGCUGCAGCAGAGUGUCAGAGAGGUUUCUCCAUCUGCUGACAACGACGUGAGCACGCUCUGCACCAAAUGAUGCAACUCUGAGUCCGCCGGCA